AUGACAAGCAUUUCGGAGGCUUCUACCGGAGAUCACGCGGAGAAAGAAGAGCCCGCGGUCUAUCGUCCAAACGGACGUAGCCUUGGAAUAAUCUUCUCCAAUGUCACUGCCCUUGGAAGACAGGGAGGUUCACAGAAUGUGACUGACCUCCAGAAGAUCCUCAGUAGCAUCGUCGCCUGGCCCAUUAAAGUGGCUCACCAGCUUACCAAAGGCGAUGCCCCACCAUCAUCGACAAUCGUUGAAGACAUUAGCGGCGUCCUUUUCCCCGGCGAGAUGAUGCUAGUACUUGGGCGUCCUGGAGCUGGCUGUUCGACCGUUCUUCGCCUGCUCGCAAAUCAACGAGAGAGCUUUGAAGACGUUCAUGGAACUGUGCAGUAUGGCGGACUGUCCUCCGCUGAAAUGGAACAGCAUUAUCGCUCGGAGGCUCUCUAUUGCGCCGAAGACGACACUCAUUUUGCCAGCCUGUCCGUUAAAGAUACCAUGGAUUUCGCAAUGCGUGUUCGUCAACCAAACAAUAGUUCGGAGCCUGCAUCUCAGUUCUCUCAGCGCAUGACGGAUCGAAUGUUGUCGUCGUUGGGGCUUUCCCAUACCAAAGAAACCAUCGUGGGAGAUGCGUUCAUUCGAGGCAUCUCAGGUGGUGAGAGAAAGCGAAUCUCAUUGGCAGAAGUACUUGCAGUGAACCCAGCGGUCGCAUCCUGGGAUAAUCCUAUCCGUGGCUUGGAUAGCUACUCGGCGCUGAGCUUUCUAGAUCUUUUGCGAGGCAUGUCUCGGAAAACCGGAAUGGCAAACGCAGUGACACUAUACCAAGCCUCGGAGGCAAUGUACAAGUUUUUUGAUCGUGUUAUGCUUCUGUGCGAGGGAAAGAUGAUUUUUGAUGGCCCGGCUGCCCAAGCAAAGGCAUAUUUUGUUGCGCUUGGCUUCCGCUGCCCUGAACGACAGACAACUGCUGAUUUCCUUACCGCGAUCACCUCACCACAAGAGCGCACUUUCCAACCUGACUACACCGGUCCACGUUAUGAGACAACCGAUGCACUCGCUCAGGUUUUUCGCAACAGCAAAGAGUAUCUGCAGCUGCAGGCAGACAUGGCACGGUACAACCAGCAAGUCGUCUCGAACCCAACCAUCACCACUCAAUUCAUACAGGAGACCCAGCAGACACGCGCUAAGCUUACUACCAAGUCAGCCAUCGAGAUAUCUUCUAUCUGGACCCAGUCUGCCGCUGCUUUGCGCCGUCAAUACCGGUUGACAAGGAGAGACUGGCGUACCCUUCUGACAAUCUUCAUUCUGACUGCAAUAAACGCAGUAAUCGUGUCGUCUGCGUACUACAUGGCUCCGAAAACUGCAACUGGUUCGUUUGAGAGAAGUGGAGCUUUGUUCUUUUCCCUAGUCUACUUCGCCCCCAAUGCGCUGACCGAGGUCCCGAAAACCAUCGAAAGCCGAGCUAUUCUCUUAAAACAACAUCGAAUGGGAUACCUGCAUCCGGUCGCACUCGUAAUAGCGCUGGCUAUAGCGGAUAUUCCUGUUAUGGCUUUACAAUCCAUUAUUUUUGCAUGCUGCUUUUACUUCACGAUUGGCUUGGAGAAGACCGCUGGGAGCUUCUGGAUCUAUAUUCUGAUCGUGUUCGUGCAUUUUGCCAGCAUAUCUAGUCUGUUCCGCAUGCUAGGUGCCUGGUCCCCUAACUUGAAUAUUGGGAUGCUGAUGGGCGGAUGUGCUCUGCCUGUGGUAUGUCUCUACGAUGGAUAUGCCCCACCAGUACCAACAAUGCAUCGUUGGGGGUCGUGGAUACGACGAAUCUCCCCGGGUCCUUAUGGCAUGGAAGCUUUGAUGGGCAACGAGUACUCUCAUAUUGACUUGCAUUGUUCCUCAGAUCAGUUGAUUCCUCAUGGACCUGGAUACGGCGAUAUCCAGCAUCAGGGCUGUCCAAUGCCUGGGGCCCAGAUGGGAUCGGCAGAGGUAUCUGGAAAGAUUUACCUGAGCAGCCAGUACGGCUUCAGCGCUGCAAACAUCUGGCGCGACUUUGGGAUUAUUAUUGUAAUGUGGUUUCUCUAUUCUAUCCUGACCGCAGUCGGUCUUAGUCUUAUGACUCGUGAGACUGCUUCGUCGAAUGCGCGGGUGUUUAAGCGAGGUGCUACGCAUGGGGACAGGCAUUCAUUGACUGCAAGGGAUCUUGAAGACCAAACUACUGGAGUCACGAAGCCUUCACCGCACUCGUCUUCCAGUUCUGUGACUGAAAACAGCAUCGAUGGACAGAUCGUUACCUCUGGUGUGAAACCCGAGUCAAGCGAAGGGGUUUUUGUCUUCCAGGAUGUCAACUACUUCGUUACCGUUGAGGGUCAGGAGCGUCAACUUUUGAACAAUGUCACUGGAUACGUCAGACCGGGUCAAUUGACCGCGCUUAUGGGCGCCUCCGGUGCCGGAAAAACCACACUACUGGAAACGAUCUCACGCCGCAAGACAGAAGGUCGAACUGAAGGGAGGCUGCUCUUUGACAAUCAAUAUCUUAAUGAAGCUUUCUCCCGAUCCUGUGGUUUCUGCAUGCAGCAAGAUGUUCACGAACCGUUGGCCACAGUGCGUGAGACGCUGAAUUUUUCGGCCUUUAUGCGACAAAACAAAGAAAAUUCCAAAGAAGCAAAGCUUCAGGAUGUGCAGGAGAUUCUUGAACUUCUUGAGCUCGACUCAAUCUCGGACGCUCUUGUUGGUUCCCUUGGAGUUGAAGAGAGAAAGCGCGUGACCAUAGGAGUCGAGCUGUGUGCUCGACCGUCGGCGCUUCUUUUCCUAGACGAGCCCACUUCCGGCCUGGAUAGCCAGGCGGCUCAUUCUAUCGUCUCUUUUCUUCGCAAGAUUGCGGCCCAGGGCACCCCGAUUGUCUGCACUAUCCAUCAGCCAUCUAGUGUCAUUUUCGAAAUGUUUGACCAUGCUCUCAUUCUAGCCCCCGGUGGGCGCACUGUCUACUUUGGCAAAACUGGAGAACCGCUCCAGGAAUAUUUUGCACGAUAUGACGCCCCGAUGGGUUCAUCUGCCAACCCAGCUGAGUUCGUCAUAACGACCAUCGCCACCUCCGGCCAAGACUCGAACAGCCCAGACUGGCCCACGAAAUGGCAAGCCUCGCCCGAGUGCCACGAGAUGUGCACAAUUGUUUCGAGUAUGGUUGAAAACACACUUUCUCCUGCGGAUCGUCAAGCUCGGGAUAGUUCCUUGAAUGAUACCAAGCAAUUUGCAUUGCCGCUCCUGGGACAAGUUCUCCAUCUGACCAAACGACAUUGGAUGUCUAUUUGGAGGAAUGGGCCAUACAAUUUUAGCAAGCUUUUCAAGAGCAUUUUCUUUCUCUUGCUCGUCUCAUUUACAUUUUUCAAGGCAGGACCUGACGCCAAUGGUCUCCAGAAUCACGCACUGGCCCUCCUGAUUGGCUGCUGGGUAAUCCCUUCCAUUGCGGGUGACGUCCAGGAUAUAUGGUUCCAAAAAUGGGCUAUAUUUGAGGCACGGGAACGAAACGGGAUCUAUGACUUCAAAGCCUUGCUGAUUGCUCUAAUUGCCGUCGAAACUCCAUGGCAACUCGUGAGCUUCACAUUGACCUUUUUCUGCAACUACUGGACUGUCGGCUAUACAAACUCCGCCACUAUUGGCGGUUUUGUGUACUUCAUGUCCUUGCUUCUGUCACUCUUUGGAACAGGAUUUUGCUUCCUUAUGGCGGCUUUAUUUCCGAACCCCACGAUGGCCGGGUACGCGAACUCUCUAUGCUGGGUGGUUUUGUUAAUGUUCAACGGAAUUGUCGCUCCACAUAGCGUGCUGAAUAGUUUUUAUCGCUCUUGGAUCACUUGGGUUGAUCCUUUGCGGUACUACUUUGGAGCCACUGUUUCAUCCGUGCUACACAAUGUCAAGGCCGUAUGCAAGACAGAAGAUAUGGCUACCUUUAGUCCACCACCUGGUCAGACUUGUGGUCAGUACAUGCAGGACUAUAUGUUGACCAACCCCGGGUACUUGGAAAGCUCCAAUGCCACAUCUAUAUGCCAAUACUGCCCCUAUUCUGUUGGAGAUGACUACUCUGCGACCCUCACUUUCUUCUACAAUGAUCGCUGGAGGGAUUGGGCUGUGUUCUUGGGCUUUUGCAUUUCCAAUCUUGUACUCGUGUUCUUCGCUUCAUGGAUUAUCAGAGUGCAGAUUCGGAAAUGCCGGAUGUAG